AUGACAGCACCACCAGCCAGGCAGUGGGGAGUUACUCCUCCGAUUUCCACCGCCCUUCCUACUCCAGAUGAGCUUACCGCCAACGAUGAUUUGAUUUCCGAGCUGAAGGCGCAGAAUAACUUCGAAAGUCCGGCGGAGACCGAACGAAGACAACAAGUCCUUCAACUUCUUCAGCGUGUCGCCAUCGAGUUUGUCAAAGUUGUCAGCCGCAAGAAGGGUCUCUCUCCUGCAGCCGUGGAGGCAGCUGGAGGGAAGAUUCUCACAUACGGCAGUUACCGCCUUGGUGUCUAUGGGCCAGGUUCGGAUAUUGAUACGCUGGUGGUCGGACCCAAGCAUGUCGUCAUCGACGAUUUCUUUGCUGAAUUCCCCCUUGUGCUUGAACAGAUGGCCCCACCUGGAGCAAUCGAGAAAAUGACACCAGUCCCCGAUGCGUUCGUCCCAAUUAUAAAGAUGGAGCUGUCGGGCAUUAGCAUCGAUCUGAUAUUCGCGCGCCUGAUCGUACCAUCCGUGCCUAUGAGUCUCGACCUGAAGAACAAUGAUUAUCUGCGAGGCUUGGAUGAAAAGGAAGUUCGGUCGCUCAAUGGAACCCGUGUGACCGACCAGAUUCUGGAGCUUGUACCUCAGCAAAAAACCUUCCGCCUGGCCUUGCGCGCCAUUAAGCUGUGGGCACAGCAACGAGCGAUUUAUGCCAAUGUUGUGGGAUUCCCAGGUGGCGUUGCUUGGGCAAUGCUUGUCGCACGAGUGUGUCAACUAUACCCUCAAGCCACCGGCUCAGUCAUUGUUGGCAAAUUCUUCCGAAUCAUGACAAAGUGGGCCUGGCCUCAGCCCGUCUUACUGAAGCCAAUUGAAGAUGGCCCUCUCCAAAUGAAAGUGUGGAACCCUAAGAUCUACAACGGUGAUCGAUUCCAUUUGAUGCCCAUUAUCACGCCUGCCUAUCCGUCCAUGUGCGCUACUCACAAUGUUUCCGUGUCAACCAAGACUGUGAUUCUUCGAGAGUUACAGAGGGGCGGUGACAUUGUGGAUAAGAUUUUCAUGAAGCAGCUCAACUGGAAUGAUUUGUUUAAACGGCACACGUUCUUCACUCAGGACUACAAAUACUACCUCAGCAUUACGGCUUCCAGCCGAACCAAGGAAGCAGAGUCGGUGUGGUCUGGUCUUGUGGAAUCUAAAAUCCGCCACCUCGUCGGUGCCCUUGACAGGAAGGCUACAAUUGCCGUCGCCCACCCAUUCCCUAAAGGUUUCGAGAGGGUACACAAGGUUUCUUCCGAGGAGGAAAUUGAGGCAGUCAAGACUGGCUCCACUAAGUAUCAAGAUAGGGAAAUCAAAACCGAGACCACUGAUGAGACUAAGGAUGCGGCCCACGAAGCUGCUGCGCAAAACGGUGCGGAAAACAAAGAGAUUCCGGCUACGGAAGAGAAAGCUGCCGAGGACACCCGAGUCAUGUAUACGGCAACGUACUAUAUUGGGCUGGAGCUGAAACCACUCGAACCAGGUGCCUCACGGUCAUUGGAUAUCUCAUCCGAUGCCCAGCUGUUCAAGUCUCUUUGCACCACAUGGCCUGGAUAUCAGCCCGGGGUCAUGGAUGUGGCUAUCACUCAUGUUCGCAAUUUCGAUCUGCCGGAUGAUGUUUUCCAACCCGGAGAGAAGAAGCCCCUUCGGCCGAAAAAGAAGGUCAUUAAGAAGUCCGACACAAGCGGCCACAAGCGGAGCAUCGAUUCAUUGGACGUAAGUGCAAACAAGAUAGUCAAAGUAUAUCACGAAGCGGCGUUGGCCCACGUAACGAAAUGCGCAUCAUCGCGUAUCGUGUGA